GUUCCCUGCUGCCUUUUCUUCUCUUUUCCUCUUGUACCACCAUCCCCAUGCCGUCCUUCAAAAGCCUCAAGGCCGCGCCCGUUCCAAAGGCAGCCCGCGUCGCCACCCAAGACGCUUCAACAUCACCGACACGUCCAGCUUCGUCGUCUCGCAGUAGCUCUUUCUCGUGGGGCUUCGGCUCGUCGGGCAAGGGCAAGUCGAAGGACAAAGCACUGACGCGCUCAAAGAGCGAGGAAGACAUGUGCCACUUUUCCCUCGUCGCUCCAGGUCCAUACAAUCCCAAUCCCGCUGCGCUCCCUCCGCGAGGUAUCCUCCGCAACCCACGCAGAUCCUCCCUUCCAGAUAUCCCCGUCCCUGCCUCCCGUCCACGCAUCCGUUUCCUCUCCCUUUCUCUCCAUGGUAAUGACGAAGACGAGGAAGCUGCGAGGGUCGCCGCCAACGAGCUGCCCGAGUUCCCGAUGUUCCCAAAAAUACACUACCGUUGGUUGCUUCGCCGGAUAGAUCGUCUGCUCCAGAUCCCCUUCGACGAUCUCCGCCUCGACGAAUAUCUCAACAUGAAGAAGGUACAGGACAUCUACAUGCGCGACAUCAACGACUGUGGCUUCCGCGAGUACGUGCGGGACCACGUCGCGCCCGUUGGCGGCCUCGGUGAUGAAGACACGCACGUCCUUGGCGUCUCGCUUCGUCAUGUCUCCCUCUACGCGUCCAAUAUCGCCCUCCUUGGCGGCUACAGACACGAACUCCCGAUCGUCGUCCGCGCCUGCGUCCAGGAGCUCUCCCUCUCUCACCGCAUCCGGCAAGCCUCCCUCCUUCUCCGUGAACCCUCCCCCGAAACGCUCUCCGCCACUCAACCCCUCAUCUCCAUCUUCAACAACGGCCCCACCUUCGGUCUCAACACCCCCCUCUCCUCCACCCCAACUCCCCUCCUCACCACCCUCCUCCGUAAAUUCAUCGUCUCGCUCCCACAACCCCUCAUGCCCUCUUCUCUCCGCGACGCCUUCUGGUCCUUAUGCGUCGAGCCGUCAUUGUGGUUGGAAGCGGAGGUAGACCCAAGAGAGGGAAAGAGGCUGCAGAUCGCGGUCGCGCAGGGUUUGUUGAGGUUGAUGCCGACGUUCGAGUUUAGCUUGAUGAGUUAUCUGUGUGCGUUCUUCGCGAGGCUGUGUGCGCAGCCGGAGUCGGGGGUGUCGAUCCAUGAGGUCGGGAGGGUCUUUGGGGAUGCGUUCUUCGCCAAGGCGGGGAGUGGGAGUGGGAUUGUUGGUGGGAAGAGCGGGAGGGAGAAGGCGGGGAGGAUUAUGGUGUGGAUAUUGCAGAGGUGGGAGAUGAUUGCCGAUGGGCUGUUUGGGGACGAGAAGGAGCUUUGCAGUGGGGAUGAGGAUAUUUGGGGACGCAACCCGCCGAGGGUGAAUAGCUGGGAUGUGGAUGACGAGGAUGAGGAGGAGGAUGAGGUGGAUGAGGUGGCGAUGGUGAGGAGGAAGGCGUAUAGGAGAUUGGAUUUGAAGGCGGCGAUCGCGAAGGGCUGAGUGCGGAGCGAGGGAGGAAGUGGAGGGUGUGUCGUCCAUGGUGAUAUUGAUGAUCGAUGAUGAUCGGUGGUGACGAGUUAGGGUUUUGAUUCAAGUGUAUAUGUUUAUCUUCCGAACCGUCAGUUGGACUCCACUAAACGUGGAUGGAAAAGUCAUCUUUCCGCCCUAUAAUCGACGAACAAAGCUCGCUGUCUAUUACAAUGACACGACGCUCUUCUCUUGGGAGCCGGUGCUGGGCAUCAUCCGCUCCUCCCUCCCUUCCUCUCUACACCCUCGCAGCUCAACUCUGCCUUCCUCCCUUCCUCCCUCUCUCUCCUCCUCCUCGCUCAAAACAAAACGCCCCUUUUAAUACUCGCCACGGGCUGGAAAUUAUGGACAUAUAUAUAGAUUAUAUGCGAUUCUCCCUGGAUUUCUUUUCUUCCCUUUCCUUCUGCCCUCGUCAUGCUUCUCUUGGUCGUGGUCUUAUGGUCAUGCGUUCCUUUGGGUCGGUUGUUCGUAGAAGUUACGGUUACAGUCCAUGCUGCACAUUCCAUUCCUUUGUUACAUUCCUUUUCUUUUCUCUCCUCAUCUCUCUCUCGACGACUCGAAUCGUGAAUCGUUCUGGACCUCGGAUAGACUUUUUCCCCUUUUCUUGUUUGAGUGCUGUAUUAUCGUUUAGAUUCUGGUUUUUUUUUCUUUUGGGGGUUAUACGUAUACUUAGAUAGAUAGAUAGAUAGAUCUCACGUUUCCUCGUCUCUCGUCUCUCGAACCUCAUCUCCUCGCACAGUACUGUCGCAUUAGUCCGUUCUCGUCCUCCAUCACGAUAUUUCAGAUACUCUAGAUUCCGCAUACAUCUCUCCGCCUCUCUGUUCUCCACACUCGCCUCUUCGCUCUCUCGCUCUCCCAGUCCGGAUUCCUCUCCGCCCACUCACCCUUACCUCUGUAUAUAUAUUCUCUCGAUCUCGAUCUCUCCUGACGCGCUUUGUAGCCGACUCAUACUCACACUCGUUCCAGGUUUCCUUACCUCUUUUCCUUGCCUCGCUUCGGGCUCGUUUAUGUUGUUUUUAUCUCUCUCCCUUUUGUUCUCCGACUUUUGCUACCUACCUUUGCGAGUCCUAUGUUUAUCCUUUUCGCCUUUUUAUCCUCUCUCUCUCUCGCUACUGGGUAUUGCGAUUGUUAUUUGAUGUUAUUAGUGCCCCUUUUGUUCUUUGUUCUUCGAGGUCGUACAUACAUAGAUGGUACUAGUCUGUCUGUCUGUCUGUUCAUUUGUUUGCUCGUCGUUGUCGUCGUUGCCAAUACUUUUUAUACGAUACAAUAUUCGGGAUUUUAUCCUGUCCUGUCCUGUCCUGCCUGCCCUCCCACCCUCGUCUCGGUUGAGUCCGAUUCGCACAUUCACCCUCACCCUCACCUGUUUGUUGUUACCCCUGCUGUUGUGCAUAUAUCGUACAUAUCAUGGUACAUAUAUGCAUAUGCGCUACCUUUCCCCUUUACCCCUCCCCCUCCCACCUGCACCCUC